AUGGAUACUUCUUGUUCUUCCUAUUUUCCCAAACUUGCUAUUGCCUUUUUGUUUCUUUUCGUUGGUACGAUCUCGUCACAAAAUACCGUGUGUCCGUAUCAGUAUUUGUACCAUCUUGGUGAUGGAGUUACUGACGUCGGCAAUUCAAUUCGGGUUCUCCCUUGGGGACCUUCGCUUCCGGCUGCACGAUUGCCUUAUGGCCGGUCGUACCCCGGUUACCCUACUGGUCGAUGGGGCGAUGGUCUUAUUGAUUUCGACUUUGCAGCUGCUGAUUUCGGCUUUCCACGCAUCGUACCUUAUUUGACACCCGAAGCAAACUCCAGCAACGGAGUCAUAUUUUCGGUAGCAAGAAGCCCGGUGCUCGACCACAAGUUUUUCAAACAAAGAGGCGUUAAAAUUCCACCAUAUGUCAUUCCUCUUUACGAACAGCUCAAUUGGUUCAGAACACAUCUAAAAUCCGUUUGUGGAUCAAAUUGUGCAAAUAGGCUAGCAAAUUCUCUUAUACUGUUGGGGGACAUUGAAGCCAAUGACAUCGGCUAUUCACUGCUCCAAGGAAAAUCCAUCAAUGAAGCACGAACUUAUGUGCCCUAUAUAACACAAGCUCAAAUAAAUGUUACAAGGGAGCUGAUCAGCAUGGGGGCAAGGCAAUUAAUAAUCCCGGGAAAUGCUCCAAUCGGAUGCUUUCCUUAUAUUCUAACUGCAUUCCCAAGCAAUGAUCCGAAAGCUUACGACGAAUUCGGUUGUCUUAAAAGCGUAAACGAUCUAAUGACAUUUAAAAACAACGAUCUCCAACAAGCUAUCGCAAAACUUAGAAUAGAGUUUCCUGAUGUCAGCUUAUUUUACGGGCCAAACAAAAACAACGCGUUGAAAGCUUGUUGUGGAAUUGGAGGAAAAUACAAUUUCAACAGCAAAAGCGGUGAAAAGAAGCACGUCUUUGCAGGCAUCGCCAUCGUCGGAGUCAUCUUUGGUGUUCCAUGGUACCUCAUGAACCAAGGCGCAAAGCAUCAAUCUCAUCAAGAUUACAUGGAGAAGGCCGAUAAAGCUAGGAGUGCACGGCUUUCCGCUAGUUCAUCCAUGCCUAAAUGA